GAAUCAAAAUUGUUUCAUGAGAUUUUCGAAACCGGGCAAAAAGCAGUUCACCCUGCUAGUUGUGCGCGGUUGUUCAUCAGAGUUGCCUCCUUACUGUUGCACUGGGCCCACAUGUUAGCCUCACGUGAUGGGCCGAAUCUCCCCAAUCCAGCUGUGCUCCGACGCGCGAGUGGCACACGGAAGGCUGGCGAGCCACCAUGCCUCUUCUCUUCCCCGCCGCGCCGCCGCUAUCGCUUUGCUUCGCCGCGCGCGCCUCCCGCGGCGCGGCGGUCCCAGUGGCAUCCGCGGCAAGGAGCUCCUCCUCGUCGUCGUCGGCCUCGUUCGACGCGGCCGCCUUCGACGCCGAGCGCCUCCGCCUCGACGCCGCGGCGCGGGCCGGGAUGGCGUCGGCCGCCGCCGCGGCGGAGGCGGGGGCGGACCCGAGGGCGUGGAAGUGGGCGGUACGGAAGCGGGUGUGGGACGCGCUGGAGGCCGACGGCGUCGCGCGCGACCCGCGCCCCGUCCACCACCGCAUCCCCAACUUCGACGGCGCCUCCGCCGCCGCGGAUUCGGUGAUAAAAAGCUGUUGACUCCACAACCUCGGCUAAGGACGGGAUUUUUCUCAGUUCUGGACUCUCAAAUGAUACCCACUGGAUACAUUCCUGAAGCAUGCACUUCUGUUGGUGCAGCCAAGUAUGGGAGACCAAUUGGUCUAGAUGAAAGGAUUAAGGUGGAUUUGAUUGUGAUUGGGUCAGUUGCAGUUGACCCAAAUUCAGGAGCACGGCUUGGGAAGGGUGAGGGAUUUGCGGAGCUGGAGUAUGGGAUGCUUCGUUAUAUGGGAGCUAUAGAUGAUUCAACCAUGAUAGUAACCACUGUGCAUGACAAGCAAUUAGUUGAUGACAUUCCAGUUGAGAAGCUGCUCGUUCAUGAUGUGCCUGUUGACAUUAUCUGCACUCCUACUCAGGUCAUCUUCACGAAGACCACAAUCCCGAAGCCACAAGGGAUUUACUGGGAAAAAUUAUCUCCAGAAAAGUUAGGGCAAAUCCGAAUUUUAAGAGAGCUCAAGAGACGCAUAGAGCAAGAGACAGGGACCAUUCUUCCAUGUGGGCCUUCGGAGAAGCUGCCACCAACAGCUCAGCGAAGACGGCGACGGCGAUAGUCAUGUAUGUUCAACUUACUAGAAAUGUCAAAAGCACUGACACUGUCUCAUAUGAUAUGUCAUAUCCGCUGACAGAGUUCAGAAAAAUGGAUAUGUGCAAUCAUCCUAGAUUGGCAUUAUUUUGCUUCAGCUGGGUACCAAUGUAGUAAUAGCGACUAAUCCAGUACUGAAAUAUUCAGUUUGCUGCAAAAGGUUACCUAAUAAAAUUGGGCUUGGCGUAGUGAAGUA